UCAAGUAACUGCACUUGUAGGUCUGACUUCAAGAGAACAAAGUUCGUCAUUUAUGAUCAGCAGCCACAAUAUGAAGGUGCUAAGUUGCCAAGCAGCAGAUGCCGACGCUGGUUUGCAAGCAAACAAAUAAACCCACUCGUUUCCACUGGCAUUGUUGACACUGGAGAAGUGUCCUACGAAUACAAUCUUCUCAAAUCAAGAGGACCCAGAAGAAUACACUGCAGUGUCCAGUGCCCUGCCACUGAUGGUACCAUGCUAGAUCCAGAAGAGGCUAAUCAACCCAGCACCCCUUUGGUGUUGUACAAUAAGCUUCCACGAUGGCAUGAGCAUUUGCAGUGCUGGUGUUUGAACUUUCAUGGCCGGGUUCUGGUUGCCUCUGUGAAGAACUUCCAGCUUAUUGCUCCUGCGGGCACCAGGGAGCCAUGGGGUGUUCAGGAUGACGAGACGGCGAUACUUCAGUUUGGAAAAAUUGAGGACGAUGUUUUUACGAUGGACUAUAGGCAGCCACUGUCCGCAUUCCAGGCAUUUGCGAUCUGCCUCACCAGUUUUGGCUCAAAGUUGGCUUGUGAAUAGGUGUCUAUGCAUUUUAUCAUCCUUCUGAAUUUUACGGAUAGCCGUCAACAGAACUAGAAUGCCUGCUGAUUCUAGAGAAAGGGAAAAUCAGUUCAUGGUCUCCCUAUCAGUUUACUGUAGGUCUGUAAGGGACAUCUUCCUCUAUUCUGACGAGAGUGGUCCAAUAAUGAGGUUUGAUUAGAUCA